UCCAUAUGCACUUUUACCCGAAUUUCGAAAAGAAGCUGAUCGGUUGAUUAAAGCUGGUAUAUGGAAGCCAGUUAAAUUUAGUGAGUGGGCAUCGCCAAUAGUUUUAGCAAAGAAACCAGAUGGCACAGUUCGCAUUUGUGGAGACUUUAAAAUCACAAUAAAUAAACAAAUUGACAUUGAGCAACAUCCGUUACCGUUGCCAGAAGACAUAUUAUACCAUAUAACAUUCGUUACGGAAAGUUACUUUCUAAAAUUAAUCUAAAGGAUGCGUAUCUGCAAAUGGAACUUGAUGAAGAGUCAAAAAGUUGCUAGUAGUAAGUACACCAUUAGGUUUAUUUCAAUACCAACGACUUCCUUACGGUAUUGCAAGCGCGCCCGAUAUCUUUCAAAGAUAUAUUGAACAAAUACUAACUGGUAUUGAAGGAUGCGGUAACUACUUAUACGACAAUCAUAAUCAUACUGACGGCUCCUACAACUGAAAUCCACAUACAAAGGUUGAACCAAGUUCUAAACAUUUUACAACAAAAUGGUAUUCGUUGCAAAUUUGAAAAAUGUAUGUUUCUGCAAAAGAAAAUUCAAUAUUUAGGACGAAUUAUAAGUGCACAAGGGGUCCAACCUGAUGAAGCUGGAGUAAAAGCGGUUAAGCAAUUACCGCAUCCAAAAAAUAUUAAACAAGUUGAAUCGUUUAUGGGCAAGAUAAAUUAUUAUCAUAAAUAUAUAUCUAAUUAUUCUACAAUUGCAGCACCUAUUAAUAAAUUGCGACGUAAAAAUAUACAAUUUAAAUGGGGGCAAGCCCAACGCCCAACAAGAAGCAUUUGAUCAUUUAAAAAAUGCUAUUGCUAACGCAACAGUUCUAAUGCAUUAUCAAGAACACCGCCCUUUGAUCCUGGCUACUGAUGCAUGAUCCUAUGGUCUAGGCGCAGUGUUAUCCCAUAUUUAUAAAGAUGAUUUCGAGAGACCAAUUGCAUUUGCUUCCAGAACGCUGAACGAUGUGCAGCAAAAAUACAGUCAAAUUGAAAAAGAAGCACUUGCAAUAAUAUAUGGAGUGCAACAUUUUCAUCAGUAUCUAUGUGGACGUAAGUUUACACUUUUUAC